AUGUUUCUGGCCAUCGAUCAAGCUCGAGUUGAGCAAUCGGAACUGAAAGGCCUGAAGGACUUUACCAAGAAGGCACCCACGUACUCCGUUGGCGACAUGGCGAGCGUCGAUUUGUGCCUGCUUGAUGUUUCACCGAAACUAGAAUCAGGAACACGGAGACAAGCUUCGCUUGCGAUACUUUCGUCGACACAGUCACAUGCGAAUGGUGUCUACAUCAUUCACACGGCAGAGUACCCGACAAGAGCUUUUGUGCCGAGUUUGCGGCAAUUUUCACGAGCUCUUACUGAGCAGAGGCUGGUGUCUCGCCUUGAAACAAAGUGA